CGGCCACCGGUACCGUCCCCGUGUCCCCCCGGUGCGUCCCGCCCCUGCGCCAGGUGCGGGGAGGGGUUUUUCUCCGGGAUAAAAAUCCCACAGAUCACCCCGGUACACGAGUCCCGGUACUGGUAUCGGCACCAUGUUCUGUCGGAACCAGCCCAGCCGGGUCACCGUGGCCCGUGGCUCGGCGCUGGAGAUGGAGAUCCGUCGCGGUCGCUGCCGGCUCAGCCUCCUGGCCGACACCGUGCAGGACCCGGAGCUGCAGGGGAAGCUGGAGCGGGAGCUGCGGGUGCGGGAGGGGGCCCUGAAGCUGCUGGCUGCGUGCAGCCGUCCCGAGCAGGCGCUGGAGGCGGCCAAGGGGCUGCAGCUCUGCUCCGCCAGAGCCAUGGCCCUGAUGGCAGAGCUGCAGCGCAGGAAGGAGGCGGAGGUGCUGAGGAGGCGCCCCUCAGAUGCCAGCCCCUCCAGUGAGCGCCUGCCCUGCCGGGGCACCGUCUGCCUCUCAGACCUGCGCAUCCCCCUGAUGUGGAAGGACACGGAAUACUUCAGGAACAAAGGGGAGCUCCACCGCUGCGCUGUCUUCUGCCUCCUGCAGCUGGGGGCUGAGAUCCACGACACCCCCAUGGUGCUGGUGGACCGGACCCUCACUGACAUCUGCUUUGAGACCCCCAUCCUCUUCUCGGACGCCGGCCCCGAUUUUGAGCUGAAAGUGGAGCUGUACAGCGCGGGGCUGUCCGGGGUGGGGGGCUCUCAGGGUGUGGGGGGGAGCAGCAGCGCUCCCCGGAAACUGGCCACCCGCCUCAGCACCUCCCUGGGACGCUCCUCGGGGAAACGGGUGCGAGCUGCCAUGGAGGGGGGGGCCGGCAGCCCCCCUGGCAACGGGGGAAACAGCCCCCUUCUGCUACCCCCCCACAGUGUGCCGGGUCCCAAAUUCCAGCUCCUGGCACACGCCGUCCUCUCCCUGGCUGAGGUCCAGGAUGGGUUUCGCACACACGACCUCAUCAUCGCCCCCCAGGAACAGGGUCCCUGCUGGCUGCCCCUGUAUGGCAGCAUCUGCUGCCGGCUGGUGGCACAGCCCCGCUGCAUGGCCUCGGGGACCCCCCCAGGACAGGGGACACUGCGGCACCAGCAGGCGGGGGGUGCUGAGGCACAGAGCGGACCCCCCCUGUUCUGUGUCCUGCGGGGCACCCACCUUCUCUGCUACCGGGACCCCCGGGACCCCGACAGCGGGCUGGAGCCCACCCUCACCAUCACCCUCAGUAAGGAGACGCGGGUGCGUUUGUGGGCGCGGGAGGGGCAGGGACCCCCCCACGGUAUCUCCAUCACCAACCGGCUGGGGGGCGAGGAUGUGACCCACGCGCUGGUGGCCGAGGGCCGGGAGCAGGCACGGAGCUGGGCAGAGGCACUGGGGCAGCACUGCUUCGACCUGGCCCAAUGGAAGCAGUGCUGUGAGGAGCUGAUGCGGAUCGAGGUGCCCCCCCCGCGCCGGCCGCCCCCCGCCCUUCCCCGCCAGGGCUCACUCUACCACGAGAUGGCUAUUGACCCCACCGAUGACAUCGAGGCGGUCACCGACAUCCUGACGCGGCGGGCGGGGGGCCGGGCCCCCGGGAACCCCCCCUGGCUCUCCCUCUUCGACGGGUCCCCCCCUUCCGUCCCCCCCCGCCCGGGCCGGGUGAGCAGCCCCAGCCCCCCUCCCCGCCGCCCCUGGGGCCGCCCCCGAACCCUCUCCCUGGAUGCCAAGCUCAGCACCCUGAAGGGGCGGGGGUCUCGGCGGGCCGUCCCCCCCCCGCGCCCCUCGCCCCCCCUCUCUGGCUCCUCCAGCAGCGGCAGCAGCAGCAGCAGCCCCGACCCCAAGCACGACCCCUCCGGGCCCCUCCAGUCCCGGGUCUGAGCCCAGGGCGGGGUGGAGGAGGGGGGGGCAGGACCACCCCUCCUCCCCUGCCGCCCCCAGGAUGGAUGAGGAGGGGGAGACACCGAGAGGGUCUUGCUCAGGGGCGGGGGAGGGGACUCCCAGCUUCUUUUACUGGAAAGAAACUGGAAUUUCUAACACCCUGGGCGGUUGGGAGGGGAGGUGGGGAGGGCAGUGCAGGCUGGGCUCAGGGCUAAACCCCCCAAAAAAAUUCUGGGGGAGAGGCUGUUCCUCCCCCUGCAGUGGGUACUGGGGGCUGCUGCCCCCCUGUGUGUGGGUGCUCAGGGCAGACGCCCCUGUACAGUGGGUGCAGGUCUAACCCCGGGGGGGUGGGGGGUGCAGGGACUCCCCCCCAACUCUGCUUUCCCUCACCUCUAACUCUGGGGGUUGCCCCCACCGCUCCCGGGGGUGCAGCACCCCCCGGCAGGGACCAGUCCUGGCCCACCCCCUCCUCCCUCCCCCCACC